GUUUUGAAACGAGGGGGUGGAGCGCAGAGCUCGGUGGCUUCUCUUCCGGGUUUGGUAGCGGUUGCCAGGGGAGGCCUGGCCCGCUGCAUAGCAACGAAAGCGGAGGGACGCUGUUGUGACUCACAGAGACAUGAAACCGGCCGGCGGCUCCGGUAACUCAGUGUGGGGUAUGUAAUCUGGCCUGCCACCGCUUACCCUUCAGUAUCUACCUUCAAAAUAUAGUUUACACUACUUUGUGCAUGUGCAAUAUAACAUACCUAAGUAUACAGUAACCACUGGGAGCUGACAAGGAAUCCCUAUGGCAGAUCCUGGCGAAAGCAAGAAAGAUGAGGCAGACUACAAGAGGAUGCACAGCUUUCCUUUAAUUCGGCACACAGAUAUGCCAGAAGAAAUGCGUGUAGAAACAAUGGAGCUAUGUGUUACAGCCUGUGAAAAAUUUGCAAGUAAUAAUGAGAGUGCAGCAAAGAUGAUUAAAGAGACAAUGGACAAGAAGUUUGGCUCCUCCUGGCAUGUGGUUAUCGGAGAGGGGUUUGGAUUUGAGAUAACUCAUGAAGUCAAGAACCUCCUUUACAUGUUCUUUGGAGGCAGCCUGGCAAUCUGUGUGUGGAAAUGUUCAUGAUGGACCCUGAUAUAGGACAACAAAUUUCAAUUCCUCAGUUUUUCUCCUUCUACUCAGGAUGUGCUGCUGCAAGGCCUUGCUCAGGAAAGAGUCAUUGGCUGGGCUCAUCAUGACAAUAUCUCAAUGUCAUUUUGGGCUUAUUGAGGUGACCAAGCUAAAAUACUUUUUGGGAAAGAGUGUCUGCAACAGGUUGCAUGUCACUCUGGCAGUUUACUGUAAAAGUUAAAGCUGUUGGUCAUUAAAUAAUAUACAAGCCCUUGCAAUAUAUUGUUCGCUAAGAUUUGCAAACAAUCAGACAUGCCAAACUGGUCAAAAUCCAGCCGUUUAUUCCCUUUUCUUAUUCUCGACCCUCAGAAGCUUUUUUAAAUCCAGUAUAAAUGUAUGCACAGGGUUUUACCGUCCUUUUGGCACUGCAACUCUGGUCUCCCAAAUAGCAUUUUAUUUCAUCGACACUACUUCACUAGCUCUGUUUAUAUUUACCCUGUCACUUCCUUGGUACUGAGUUCCCCAGUUACAUUACAAUAGCUUUGUGGCUUAAACCCCUUUUACUCUCCUCUGUGCCAUCUAUUUUCUAUAGUAUAUUUAAAUAUUCAAGCCAUUUUUUUUUCUCUAUUCUCUACUAUAUAUACUGAUUUGCUCCUUCAUUCCCGUUGUUCUCUUUCUUUUACUCUCAUAUUCCAACACAGAUACAGUUUUCUACUGCUCAUUUUCUGCUCAUCGUUUUGACGUAGUCCUACAGCAUAGUUUAUCCACGAGCCAUAAAUGAUAGAUCAGGAGUUUUAGGAAACCACAGAGAAGCCUGCCAACAACCAGCCCUCAAUUUUUCUUGUUCAGUCGCAGAAACGUGAAGCCAUGUUUCUAGGAAGGAUUUUUAUACUCUGUUGGGACAUUAAGGAAGCUGUUUUUUAUUUUAAUUCUGGUUAUAAAAUGGUUUGCUCUAAUUGUCAUUAAUAAAAUUCCUUGGGUUUUUAAAAAAAGUAAUAUUUAUACUCCUGUGGAUUGGUCAGAAAAUAUGUGCUGAAAUGUAUGUGUUAAAAGGUAUUGUAAGCAAGGGAGGGUUUAGGAAGCCUCUGGAAAUACCCAGAUCACUGUUGUAUACAUCUUUUAAAGAUACCCUGUUGGAAAAGUAGAAUUGCUCUCAUGUUUAUUAAGAACCCCAACACAAUGUAAGGCUGGUUUAUUAUACAUAUCUGCAGUAAUCUCAGUCAUACCGAGUGCAUGUGGUAUAAAUCAAAUCAGACAUGAAGAUACAGUGGCAUUUUCAUGUUGAAGUGGAGCUAAGGUCAUCCUGCUUCAGUGGAAGCCACAUACAAGUGCCACUGUCCUUAUCAAUUCACUCACUCAAAUAUUAGUCCGGUUGUGUGAGCAAGCCCUAUUAUCAUUUCAUAAAAUGCACAUGUCUCUCAACUCUCUAAGUUCACUCAAAUUAAGGGCUUGCCAUUUCCAGGAUAUAAUUUGCUUAACAAAUAAAUGUUUGAGAACUAGAUAUUUAGAUUUAAUUGCAGUUCUAGGGGCAGAUUCACUAAGGGUUGAAUUUCGAAGUUAAAAAUACUUCGAAAUUCGACCCUCGAAUUGAAAUCCUUCGACUUCGAAUAUCGAAGUCGAAGGAUUUAGCGCUAAACGUUCGAUCGAACGAUCGAAGGAUUUUUCGUUCGAUCGAACGAUUAAAUCCUUCGAAUCGAACGAUUCGAAGGAUUUUAAUCAAACGAUCGAAUGAAUAUCCUUCGAUCAAAAAAAGUUUAGCAAGCCUAUGGGGACCUUCCCCAUAGGCUAAAAUUGACUUCGGUAGGUUUUAUCUGCCGAAGUAGGGGGUCGAAGUUUUUUUUAAAGGGAAAGUACUUCGACUAUCGAAUGGUCGAAUAGUCGAACGAUUUUUACUUCGAAUCGUUCGAUUUCGUUCGAAUUCGAACGAAUUUAACCAAUUCGAUGGUCGAAGUACCCAAAAAAUACUUCGAAAUUCGAAUUUUUUUCAUUCGAAUCCUUCACUCGAAGUUAGUGAAUCUGCCCCCCUAGUGUUUAGAUUUAUGGAAAUGGUUUUGUGCUGCUUUUAAAACAGGAGCCAACUGUACCAACAAAAAGAAAAGACUUUAUAAAUGCACCAUGAUUUUUAGAAUGUUUCCCCCCUCGGAUACAUAUUUUUGUGAAGAAGACUUAAACCAUUUAUACUGUACUUUUUCACUAGCUAAGAAAGAUGUUCUAUGUUCUAUCUAGUUUUGCAUCACUAAGAGGAAAAGAAAUUCAUAUGGUCCGCAAAGAAAAAAGAUUCUCUAUAUAACUAUAAAAAUGAAACAAGAAAAUGAACCUUGCAGAAGAGAUUUGUUCUAUUGAAGGCAGUAAGGUUGUAGCAGAUAGAAGAGAAGUGAAAUUACUUUCUUGUAGAAGUGAGCUUGGCAACAGGUAUCCUUCAUGAUGCAUUGUCGUA